AUGACUAUCCCCUCACACACCAAUCCACAAAUCAAGCGGUUCUCCGUGGUGGCAGACCCCGAUACCAUCUUUCAGGCCUAUCAGGAUGAUGGGGUGGUGAUCAUAGAAGGCUUUCUCAACGCUGAGCAGCUGGCCAACUUCAACCGGGAAGUGAAUCCUCACCUAGAGCGCCUACGGCACGGGAAUCAGCCAUCAAAGGCAAAGCUUAUGGAAGGGUCCUUAGCAUCGCUUCUGCCACCGCAGCAAAAACGCGUGCACAAUCUCGUGGGAUUUUCCAAGGUCUUCCGUCACGAUGUUCUCAAUCAUGACUUAAUGCACGAGCUCUGUCGGCGGGCAUUCAGCGUGACCGGCGACUACUGGCUUGCUUCCGGGGCCGUGAUUGACAAUGGCCCAGGAACACCGAAGCAGAUCUGGCAUCGAGAUCAGCCUUCCUACCCAGUUAUACAGGUGGGUCCUGGCAGCGCAGAGGGCCUGGUGAACUUUUUCACUGCACUGACGGACUUCACCGCAAAAGCAGGUGCCACUCAGUUUCUGUGGCAUAGUCACAAGGUGGAUGGAAUCCCGGAUGGAGAUUCAAAUCAUCCAAUGGUCAUAGCUGAGGUCAAGGCUGGUGACUCUAUUCUUCUUAGUGGCAAGAUGGUCCAUCGGGGUGGAGACAAUAGUACACCGAACUUUGUUCGUCGCUCCCUGUCUCUUGCUAUUUCCCCUUCGGUGCUCACGCCAUAUGAGUCCACCGUUCAUCUCCCAAGGCCAUUGGUCGAGAGUAUGACACCGCUAGCCCAACGCAUGAUUGCAUGGCGAUCGGCUAAUGUUCCACCCCCGUUCCAAAUCGGCAUGUGGACACUGAAUAUGAAUGAGGUGGGAGAGGAGAUAGGCUUGAAAUGCAACCAGCCAUACGAAGAGGAUGAAGAAUAUUAG